GACAGUAACUUGAUGCAGCAAAACAUCCGACCACAACCUUCCGAAGAACGGAUGUGACGUCAAGACGUGUUGACGCAGCUUUAGCUGUGGAGGCGAUUGUGCUUCCCUUACAGUAAGCUAAUAUUCUUAUAAUUAUUUUUCCAAGCCCUUUUUAUCCUAUCGCGAAUGACAGUCAGCGAGGGACAGAAACACCUUUCAUGUAGUGUAAGCCAUCGCAAAAGCAAUUCCAUGGAGGUCGAGGACAGCCCGCUCAACCUGAAAAAUAUAUCCCAGCCAGUCACACUUCAGGCUCAUCAGCAGAGCAGGAAGGCCGACCGUCUGCUGGUGGCUGGGAAGUAUGAAGAGGCGAUCUCCUGCCAUGGAAAAGCAGCAGAACUUUUGACAGACGCCAUGAAGACUACAGAGUGUGAGCAGGCUCGUCUGUCCAUGGAGCUGCAGAGGGACAGUCAUAUCAAACAGCAGCGCCUCAUCCAGGAGCGCUGGAAGAGAGAGGCCCGCCGUGAGGCAACAAAGUCCCGCCUGGCUCAGGUGCAGCCCCCCACCAGCACCCCGGCCCUCCCAACCCAAACCCCAGGCCAGCUGCAGCCCAACACCCCCCCCGGCCCUCCGGAUGCAGAGGGGGCCAGGGAGCGCGAGUACGACACCCUGCUCUACCAGCUUCAGACUCGGCAGACCGGAGGCUGCCAGCCUUUGACUACGCCGUGCCCCGGCACCAAGACCACCAAAGACGACAAAACCCGGCUGGAGGAGCAGCAGACCACCAUCGAGGACCUGCGGCGCCUGGUGACCAGCCUGAUGGACGAGAACCAGCAGCUACGAUCUGAAAACGCCCGGCUGCGCUCCGAGGCGGCCGAGGCGGCAGACUUUGUGGAGUGCUCGGAGAUCUGGGGGAACUCACAAGCAGGGGGCGCUCUGGGAACAGGGGGGGGUCAGGGGAGGAGAAGCACGGGGGGGAAGGGGAAGGAGAUCGCCAUCCCUCAGCUGCCCCCGCUGGAGAUGCCGGCACAGGAGGAUCUGUGUCUGGACGACCUGCCGCCGCUGGAACUGCCGGAGGACAUCCAGAACGAACUGCAGGAGCUGCUGGACAGGGACAAGCCGUGAUCAGAGACACACACACACACACACACACACACACACACACACACACACACACACACACACACACACACACACACACACACACACACACACACACACACACACACACACACACACACACACAGGCACCAGGGUUGAGUCUGGAUGCUAAAGUGUUUGUCAUGUGACCCGGGCUGUCUCUGCUCCAGGUUCAGAGCUAUCAUGACAAUUCCCAAACUGUGUGCCGUAAUAAUGACGAUGCAGAGGCAACACAACUCAGACAGACGAGAGGAAUGGUUCUCCAACAGUGUCAGGAACAUCAGGAGUGAUGGAUGUGUGCAAGUGUUUUUUAUUUUAGAGUCUGGAAUUAAAUAAAUGAUUAUUUCAGGGCUUUGAAUGCUAAAUUAUAGUGCUUUUUAUCUAUGAGACAAUAAUUUACAUAAUGUUUUGUGCUUUUUACAGAUGUUGGCACCGUGGAAAACAUCCCUCUCACUUCCUGUUAGAGGGUUUUGGCCAACAUUUUUGAUCAUAUAAAAAUAUCAUUUUGUUAAGAGAGUAAACAUUAAGAUAACGUUAUUUAAUUAUCAUAUUGUUGGAUUAUUUUGUAAUUUGUGCAAUCACAAAAGACUUUUGUAAUGCCCAUAUUUCUUUAUUUUUCCUUUUUUAACUUCUGCACCGGAGCCUGGAAUUCAAGAAAUAAGAAAAUGAAUGUGGGAUGUUAAAACACAUUGCUUGAAACUUGACGAUUAAAAACAACUGAGAUUUCCUUUUUCCGUUCUAAAAUGUUCUUAUUUUUUAAAUCUUGACAUGAAGUUUUCUAGUUUUUUAAUUCAUGUUCUUCUAAGAAUCCAGGAGACAAUCAUGGACGUUUGGCCCUGCAGUAAAACAGCAGUAACACUCCUGCUUCACAAGGAGUAGCUUUAAGGAUACUUCCUGUUCUUCAGCUGUCAGUUUGAGAGAGGAAGCAGAACCCUCCCCUGAUGUUACACUGACGAGAACUUGACAGUUUGCAGGAGGGAGAGUGGAGGGUUACAUAUGUGGCUGAGCUGCUCCUAAAAGGCAUUAUCGGACCGCUUACUAACUACACACACACACAUCAGGAUCAUGUUCAGAGUGUAUGGCUGUUUCUGAGGAACAACUCUGCUGCAUUUUUUUAUUUUUAUUUUAGUGUACUUGAAUAAAAGGCUUCAGUUAUCA